CUAUGCACUUGAGAGCAAAAUCACACUUUUUGAAACUCAAACGACCGACCGCAGGCUGCUGUUUAUUCUUUAUACUCCGUCAUUGACAGCCUAUAAAACAACACAAAACUCCCGUCAUUCCCAAUCCCACACCACACAUACAAACAGGCGGACACUCACAGUGAGCAAGCUUGAAGAUGCGGGAGAUCCUUCACGUACAAGGCGGGCAAUGCGGGAACCAAAUCGGGGCGAAGUUCUGGGAGGUGGUGUGCGCGGAGCAUGGGAUCGACCCUACCGGGAGGUACCAAGGCGACAACGACCUCCAGCUCGAGCGCGUUAAUGUCUACUACAACGAGGCCAGUUGCGGCCGAUUCGUUCCCCGCGCUGUCCUCAUGGACCUGGAGCCCGGCACUAUGGACAGCGUCAGAUCCGGCCCUUACGGCCAGAUUUUCCGCCCCGAUAACUUCGUUUUCGGCCAGUCCGGGGCCGGCAACAACUGGGCCAAGGGCCAUUACACCGAGGGUGCCGAGCUCAUCGACUCCGUUCUCGAUGUCGUCAGGAAGGAGGCCGAGAACUGUGACUGCUUGCAAGGGUUUCAGGUUUGCCACUCCUUGGGAGGGGGAACUGGGUCAGGCAUGGGAACUCUUCUCAUUUCCAAGAUCAGAGAAGAGUACCCAGAUCGAAUGAUGCUCACUUUCUCUGUUUUCCCAUCUCCUAAGGUGUCUGAUACAGUUGUUGAGCCCUACAACGCAACGCUCUCUGUUCAUCAGCUCGUGGAAAAUGCAGAUGAGUGUAUGGUCUUAGACAACGAGGCUCUUUAUGACAUUUGCUUCCGAACAUUGAAGCUCACCACUCCAAGCUUUGGAGAUCUGAAUCACUUGAUUUCUGCCACCAUGAGUGGGGUUACUUGCUGCCUUCGCUUCCCUGGUCAACUCAAUUCAGAUCUCCGCAAGCUUGCGGUCAAUCUAAUCCCAUUUCCUCGGUUGCACUUCUUCAUGGUUGGAUUUGCUCCACUUACAUCCCGUGGGUCACAGCAGUAUCGCGCCCUUACUGUGCCUGAGCUCACUCAACAGAUGUGGGAUGCGAAGAAUAUGAUGUGUGCUGCUGAUCCUCGACAUGGCCGAUAUCUAACUGCAUCUGCCAUGUUCCGUGGCAAGAUGAGCACUAAGGAAGUGGAUGAGCAGAUGAUUCAUGUGCAGAACAAGAACUCAUCCUACUUUGUUGAGUGGAUCCCCAACAAUGUGAAGUCCACUGUUUGUGAUAUCCCUCCAACUGGUUUGAAAAUGGCUUCAACAUUUAUUGGCAAUUCCACAUCAAUCCAGGAAAUGUUCAGGAGAGUCAGUGAACAGUUUACAGCCAUGUUUCGCAGAAAGGCUUUCCUGCAUUGGUAUACAGGAGAAGGGAUGGAUGAAAUGGAAUUUACAGAGGCAGAAAGCAACAUGAAUGAUCUAGUUUCUGAGUACCAGCAGUACCAAGAUGCUACAGCGGAUGAGGAUGGGUAUGAUUAUGAAGAUGAGGAGGAAAUUCAGGAGGAGGCUUAAGUACUAAUAUAAUUUCUGUUUCUCCGCUUAUUACAGUCAUGUUGUGGUGUCAAUGUGUCUGUUUUGUUCCUGAAUUCCUUAUUUGGGGUUUGUAUUGUUGGAAUAUGGUUGGCUUUUAGGCAUGCUGUCUCGCGUUUGCUUUUGGUGUUAUAGUCUAGGGAGCUCUGUUUUUGAGACGUGUUACAAUGAGUUAUGUUUUUGAUCAAGUAGGAGCUUUGCAGGUGGAGUGAAUCGGUUUCUGGUCUAGCCCCAUAGUUUUCUUCUGUUUUUCUUCC